UAUGUUGAAACUCAUCAUGCAUCAUACCUAGGUUUGAGAAUUGAGAUGAUUUACAUUGUAAUUUAAUUAUAUCACAACAGCUGCUAGAAUGAGGAUUGCAGCAAAUGAGAAGGCUGAAGCAGAGAAAAUAUUGCAGAUCAAGCGAGCCGAGGGGGAGGCUGAAUCUAAAUACCUUUCAGGGCUCGGUAUUGCCAGGCAGCGCCAAGCUAUUGUAGAUGGAUUGAGGGACAGCGUGCUUGCUUUUUCUGAGAAUGUGCCUGGAACAACUGCCAAGGAUAUCAUGGACAUGGUGCUUGUGACACAAUACUUCGACACCAUGAAGGAAAUUGGUUCCAACUCAAAGUCCUCAGCAGUUUUCAUCCCACAUGGGCCUGGUGCAGUAAAAGAUAUCGCCUCGCAGAUCCGCGAGGGUCUUCUUCAAGCUGACAGUGUUCAGCAUUAGUUUAUGAGCUAAAAUGUUAAUAUAGGAAAUCAUCAUAUCUGUCUUCAAUUUUCUAGUUGUUGAUUAAAUGAUAUAGAACUAUGGAGUAUGAUCAUAUAUGCUGCAAAUAUGGGUUUAGUAAUGCAUAGGAAAGUUUUUUUUCUUUUGAUAA